AUGUCAAUAUUACAAGGAUAUUCAUCAUCAUCAUCAUCAUCAUCAGGUUCAAGUGAUGACGAAAAAGAUAAUGAGCGACCACCAUUUAAAAAAGUGAAAACAUUUGCUGGAUCAUUUCAACAAAUUCUGUCAUCGAUACUUGAAAAUGAUACUUUUCAUAUCAACAACGAUCGGAAAAUAUCAAAUAAUGCUAAAAAAUUAGCUAAACAAUUGAAACGGCAACGUUAUAAACAAGGAUCAAGAUAUGGGAUUGAUCCAUGGACCAAUAAUUCAUCUGAUAAUGAAAAUAACGCCAACAACAACAAGAACAACAACAACAAUAAUAAUGAAAAUGAGCAAAACAUACCUAGUUCUAAUAUUGAAAUAGAAGACAACAACCAUGAGGAAAUAACUUCUGUUGUGUCUACCACCAAUAACUAUACAUUUGAACCAAGUUCAGAAUUUGUUGGUGAACAAGAAUUUGAUUAUCAAGGAAGAUCAUAUAUGACAAUACCCAAAAAUCUACCCAAUACUAGUAAUAACAAUAAACAAACAUCAUUAAAUAAUGAUGAUCAACAACAACAACAACAACAACAGCAACAACAUAUUCAAGAAUGUUUUGUUCCUAAACGAGUCAUUCAUAUUUUCCCAGGUCAUAAAAGAGGAAUUAAUCGAUUAAGAUUUUUCCCUAAUUCUGGACAUUUAUUAUUAUCAUGUGGUAAUGAUAAUUUAAUUAAAUUAUGGUCAAUUUAUAAUACUUUUCAAGGUAAACAAUAUCAAUUAUUAAGAAUUUUUAAAGGACAUAAUUUACCCGUUAAAGAUAUAAUUUUUAAUCAAUCGGGUGAACGAUUUUUAAGUUGUGGAUAUGAUAAAUAUAUAAGAUUAUGGGAUACUAAAACUGGUGAAAUGAUUAAAUCUAUAAAAUUAAAAUCUAUUCCAAAUGUAUUAUUAUUUAAUCCUAACAAUAAAAAUAAUACAGAAUUCAUUGUAGGGUUAUCCAAUUUUACUAUUGAACAUUAUGAUUUUAAUUCUAUACAAUAUACUAAUCCAAUACAAAUUUAUGAUCAUCAUCAAGGAUCAAUUAAUGAUUUAAAAUCAUUGGGUUUAGAUAAAUUUAUUUCUUCAUCUGAUGAUAAAACCGUAAGAAUUUGGUCAUGGCAAAUAAAUAUUCCUAUUAAAGUGAUAACUGAUCCUUCACAACAUUCAAUACCUUGUAUAAAAAUUCAUCCACAAGCAAAUUAUAUUGCUUUACAAUCUAUGGAUAAUUCAAUUAAAGUGAUUCAUCUGUAUGGGAAAUUUAAAUGGUAUAAGAAAAAAUUUUUCACCGGACAUCAAAUUGCUGGGUAUGGAAUAGAAAUUGAUUUUAGUCCUGAUGGGAAAAUAUUAAUGAGUGGUGAUUGUAAUGGAUUUGCUUAUUUUUGGGAUUGGAAAACUUGUAAAUUAAUUAAAAAAUUGAAAAUUAUUGAUAACACCAUAACCACCACCACCAAGAAGAAACCAUUGACUUGUAUUGUUGCUCAUCCUCAAGAAACUAGUAAAGUUGCCAUUGCUGGGAAUUCUGGUGAAAUAUAUUAUUGUGAUUAA